AUGCUUCCUGAUUCACCUCAAAUCGUUGCUAUUCGUGCACCAUCACCUUCUGCUCAUUAUGCAACUAGUGACACGAACAGUAGUACUAGUGUGCAAACACAACAGCAACAACAAAUAACUUCACAACAACCAUCUACACCACAACCCGUAUCAGAGUCUUGGUGUUACACACAAGUAAUCAAAUUCUCUUAUACAUGGACGAUUAAUAAUUUUUCAUUUUGUCGUGAAGAAAUGGGAGAAGCGUUAAAGUCAUCUUCAUUCAGUGCCUGUACAAAUGAUAAGCUAAAAUGGUGUUUACGUCUGAAUCCUAAAGGUUUAGAUGAAGAGUCAAAAGAUUAUUUAUCAUUAUAUUUGCUAUUAGUAGCUGCAAGUAACAAUAAGACUGAAACACGUGCUAAAUUUAAGUUUUCCAUAUUGAGUGCAAAAGGUGAAGAAACAAAAGCAAUGGAAUCACAACGUGCAUAUCGUUUCGUUCAAGGAAAAGAUUGGGGCUUCAAGAAAUUUAUUCGCCGUGAUUUUUUAAUUGAUGAAACAAACGGUUUGUUACCCGAUGAUAAAUUAACAUUAUUUUGUGAAGUUAGUGUAGUUGCUGAUUCAGUUAAUGUUUGUGGACAAACGCCCAUUAAUUUAUUUAAAGUACCAGAUUGCAGAUUAUCCGAAGAUUUUCAGACGUUAUUAGAUAAUCCCGUUUAUUCUGAUGUCACGUUAGUAUGUGGUCACAAAGAAUAUAAAGUACAUAAAGCGAUUUUAAGUGCAAGAUCAAAAGUAUUUCAAGCCAUGUUUGAACAUCAAAUGUUAGAAAAUCAAUCUAGUCGAGUUAAAAUUGAAGAUAUUGAAAGUGAUGUGAUGAAUGAACUACUGAGAUUUUUAUAUACAGGCAAGACGAUGAAUAUUGAUAAAAUGGCUGAUUCUCUAUUAAGUGCAGCUGAUAAAUAUGGAUUAGAACGUUUGAAAGUUCAAUGUGAAGAAACAUUAUGUAGUUUAUGCGAUAAAGAUAAUGCUGCUGAUACACUGAUUCUGGCUGACUUACACUCAGCUCAACAAUUAAAACAACAAGCGAUUGAUUAUAUAAAUAUCCAUGCUCAAGAUGUAUACGAUACGCCUGGAUUCCAGACUAUGAUACGUACUCAUCCACAUCUGAUAGCUGAUGCUUAUCUAGCUAUGGCCAAAGAAAAAGGAGCAUGUGGUCCACCAAGAAAAAAACAACGAACAACAUAA